AAACCGUUUCUCUGAUUGGUCAAAAAUUUCGAUACGUUACGCUACUGCGAGAGCGCGAACUUUGACAUUCGACCUGCAAAAUCAAAACAACCACCAUGUUUGCAAUUGUGUUUUGGGAAGAUUCAACAUUUUCCGUUAUAGCUUUAAGAGGCAUCGUUUCCCCUAGGAAAGAGGAACACGAGUAUUAUGUCGGAGAUUUAGUCCAGGCCAAGUUUCAGGGGAAGUUGUACUCCGCAACUAUAUAUGAAAUUGGAGACAACAGAGGAAAUCUCAACAAAACUCUGAAUGCAGGUUUCAAGAUUGAUAUGUCAAGAGUGCAACCAGAUGCCCAACGCAAGCGUCACACAUCAGCACCUGAGGAGGAAAACAAGCAAGGAGCCGAUGAGCCACACAAGAAAAAGAGGCGCUACCAGUCCAGCGACUCUGAUUUACAGUCGACAGACCCUCUUGUGGUACAGGCCAGGCAGAUAUUAUUAAAGCGAAGAUCAUCGGUGAUGUCAGAACAAGUAACUGCUCAACCUGAGGCCCUUGCUACAGUGACUAACAUGCCAGUGACUCCAUCAGCAAGUAAGCUAUCAACGACUUAUGAUGUGAUGCCAACGGCCCUGGUAUCCUCUUCUGUUGAAGCAUCGGCUUGGAACCCUGUGCCGGCCAUUCCUCUACAGAUGACCCUUCUGCCAGCCACCUCUCUGCAAGACACAUCCACACAUAUGACUCCUCUGCCAGCCACCCCUCUACAGAUGACUUCUCCGCCAGUCACGUCCACACAGAAUACCCCUCUGCCAGCCUUACCUCUACAGAUGACCCCUCAGCCUGCCACAUGCACACAGAUGACCCCUCAUGCUCUGCCAGUCACAUCCACACAGAUGACCCCUCUGCCAGCCACACCUACACAAUUGACAUCUCCGCCAGCCACCCCCACCAUGAUGACCCACACAUCAGUGAACUUUGGACACGCAGCAUGCAGACAAGAUUUCACCUCUUUUGAUUAUGGACCAGCACCACCAUCAGUGAGGGAGGUUUCCUUCAUGGAGAUGAUGACGGGUCCACUUUGUGAGGAAGAGGUUGAGACUGACACCAGCGAGUGCUAUGUUGGCUCGUCCUGUCACAGCUGUUGUGAGCAGAUAAAGGUGAUGCAGACAAGAAUCACACAGAUGGAGCUGAUGCUUAAGAUGCAACAGUCAAAACACAACAUAGCCAGUUGCGUCACAUCGCCAGUUGUGUGUGCAUCGAUGCCAAAACCUGCCAUGCUACAAAAAGACACACUGGUGGCAAGCCCUGUCCAUACAGGGAAUGACCAAUCACUGCAGAGUAUCAUUAAAGCUGAAAUUCAGCAUGAGACCAGGGAGGUAAAGGCCAUCGCACGGGCCAUGUGCCGACUCUUCACUCCCCACCAGCUGGUGACUUGCUCCAUGAAGGGAGCACCAACCACAACAGGGUCACCAAGACCAAGCCUCCCCGCUGCUGAGAGGAAUGCAAUCAUUGAAGUCAUAGCCAAAACCUUUAACAGGCCUCUGGUUGACGUCGAAGAAAAGAUGAGAGGUUGUUUGAGGCGUCUGCGGCUGAUGUACAAGUAGCAUGAAGUCUUAGUUAAUAAAAAUGUGCUGUAAAAAUGAUUAUUUAACCAUUGUUUUCUUUUAGAUUUGCACCUGUUGCAACAAUAUUAACUUAUUUUUAUACUCCCGGUAGGAACUCAUAUAGCAGUUGAACUGUCCGUCUGUCUGUCUGUCCGUCCGAAAACUUCAACAUUGGUCAUAACUUUUGUAAUAUUGAAGAUAGCAACUUGAUAUUUAGCAUGCAUGUGUAUCUCAUGGAGCUGCACAUUUUGAGUGGUGCAAGGCCAAGGUCAUCCUUCAAGGUCAGAGAUCAAAAUCCAAUGGAAGUAAUAAGCUUUAAAGAGAGAUAAUUUCUAUACCUGCCAAAUGAUAAAUAGAAACUUUAUUUCAAAGCAGCGCAGUGGGGGCAUUGUGUUUCUGACAACACAUCUCUUGUUUGUAUUUUAAUUCAUACAAUCUUACUUUUUUUCAGUUCUUUCUUUGUGUUCACUAUUAUAUUUUAUUAUAAAAAUGCCAUGUCUGUCAAAAUAGUUUUAUCAUGCUGUGUAUAUGUAUAUAUGUUAAAUUUUAUGUUUUAUCGUUUAAAAAGUAAAUAGAAUUUAAUUUA